UAAACAGAGGCCGGUUACCGUUUCUUUCCUCUUGUCUCCCCAAUUCCCGAGGUCACUCUUUCUGUUAUCCUUGACGGAAAACCGGGGAAGGAGACGCCGAACGCCGUGGAAGCUUCGGGACUCCUCCUCCUCUCGGGGAUUCGUACCCUCGCCGUCCCCUCCGCCCCCCAAAAGGUGAUCACAUCCGUUUUCUAGUUUUACGGUUAGGGUUUCCGUUUCUCUCCUCUCCACUCACCCCCCUUUCUUCUCUCCCUUUCGCCAUCUCUCGGAUCCGUCCGUGGUUAGAUGUCUCUGAUCUCUUUGAUUCGGCCUUUUCCUCCCGUCUUGGGAGGAUUUCGUGGGAUUCUAUAGCCAAGAUCGAUAAAGAUCUUGCCUUCGUUGUUUUCUUUUUUUUUUCUCAAGUCCGAUUCUCUGGAUUCCGGGUUCUAGGUUUUGUUUUCUAUUUCUUUGGAGUCGCUGAUUCUACGGGGUUUCAAAUCAUAAAGGAAAACAAUUUUCUUGGUUGAAAGUAGGGUUUUUGCUUUCUUGGGGGGGAUUGACUAAGGGUUCUUUGAAUUGAAUUGAUAGGGUUUUUGCUCUUUUUUUUUUUUUGGGGGGGGGGGGGGGGGGGGAUUGACUAUGGGUUCUUUGAAUUGAUUUGAAUUGAUAGGGGUUUGGUGGUCAUGGAAUGGAUUUAUGAGGAUUUUUAUUGGGAUGCUGUUCCUGGAUGUGUUGGAAUUCUGAAGCCCGCCAGAUAGAUAGGGUGCAGAGGAGGAGGAGGAGGAGGAGGAGGAGGUGAUAAUUAAGAACAGCCGCGAUGGAGGAGCCCCUCCUCACUACCUUGUCCAUGGAGAACCUCCACCCCUCCACCCUCCUCUCCAUGGACCCCAGUGGCGGUGCCCCUCAGCCGGCCGUCGCCUCCUCCGCCUCCACCUCCGUUCACGAGGACUGCGAUCGGGAGCUCAUGAUCCAGCAGCGCCAGCAGAUGGUUCUCCCGGGCCCGCCCGACAUCAACCUCCCCCUCUCGGCUGAGCGCUCCCCUCCGCCGCAAUCAUGGAGCUCCGACCCCUGCGACAUCCUCGACGUCGGCCUCGGCCCCCAGAUCUACGACACAGAGGCCGUCCUCAGCCUCCCCAAGGCCGGUUGCAGCGCCACCGCGGUUGCCGCUGCGGCCGGCGCCAGGAAAUGCGCCAAGAGAGGUGACAGCAUCUGGGGCGCUUGGUUCUUCUUCAAUUUCUACUUCAGGCCGGUGCUCUCUGAGAAAUCCAAAGCCAAGAUCAUCCGGGAUGCAAACGGUGUUUCGGGCUUCGACAAGUCCGACCUCCGGCUCGAUGUGUUCAUGGUCCAGCAUGACAUGGAGAACAUGUACAUGUGGGUCUUCAAGGAGCGGCCGGAGAAUGCUCUUGGCAAGAUGCAGCUGCGGAGCUUCAUGAACGGGCACUCCCGCCUCGGGGAGCCCCAAUUCCCUUUCAGCGUCGACAAGGGCUUUGUCCGUUCCCACCGGAUGCAGCGCAAGCAGUACAGGGGCCUGUCAAACCCGCAGUGCGUGCAUGGGAUCGAGGUCGUAAGGUCACCUAAUCUCUCAGUGGUCUCUGAGGCUGACCGCAAGAAGUGGACGGAGCUCACGGGUAGGGACCUCAGUUUCUCAAUCCCUCUAGAGGCCAGCGAUUUCGGGUCAUGGAGGAAUCUUCCCAACACUGACUUCGAGCUCGAGAGACCGCUUCCAUCCUUGAAGAGCUCUCCGCAUCCCCAUCCAAGGAGGUUGCUUAAUGGCUCGGGUCUGAAUUUAUCAACACACUCAUCAUUGAAUCAUUCUGGUGGGGAUGUUAUGGAUGUCUCCAAUAUGUGCACUAAGCGUAGGAAGGACUUCUUCCCGCACGGGGCGGACGAGGAUUGUUGCUUGCUGAAUAAUUCUUAUCCAGACAGGUCCCAAGAUAUCGACAUGCAUCCAGUCGAACCAGUACCAUGGCUAAAUGAGUUUAGUGGUGUGAUGAGGCAUGCGUAUGGACCCGUGACUGCAGCAAAGUCUAUAUAUGAGGAUGAUGAGGGGUACCUGAUAGUAGUUAGCUUGCCUUUCUCUGAUCAACAGAGGGUGAAGGUCUCCUGGAGGAACAGUCUUACUCAUGGGAUAGUGAAGAUAUCAUGUGUUAGCACUGCUCGUAAUCUUUAUAUAAAGAGACAUGAUAGAACUUUCAAGCUGACUGACCCUUCUCCUGAGCACUGUCCACCAGGGGAGUUUGUAAGAGAAAUACCUCUGGCAACACGCAUUCCCGAAGAUGCUAAAUUAGAAGCAUACUAUGAUGAAUCUGGCACUGUGCUUGAGAUAAUGGUCCCUAAGCACCGCAUUGAACCAGAAGAGCAUGAAGUUCAUGUCUGCAUGCGCCCGCCUCAUCUUGGGGCAAAUGAACUUCUGUUGACUUGAAAAGGCGAGGAUUUUUUGUGUGUAUGGGUGGUUGCCAUGGUCUGUUUCCAUUGUUUUCUGACUUUGUACCAUGAAAGGAAACCGUUGAAAUGAAGGUGCACCCUUACCAUGCACACUUCCUUUUGUAACCUGGCUUUGCUGACUGACUGCUUUGGUGCUCUAUCAUGUUUUGCUGUUGGGAUCACAUCAGAGCUACUCGCACACUUGAGGCUCGAAAAGGCAAAUGGAAUAAGUUUCUUCAUCUUUGCGCCAUGGAUAUGCUGGCAUUCGUCAUGCCACUAAGUGUUAAACGGAACAUGAUGAGCCAAGAUUUGUAUAUACAUUCAUAUUUGGAAAUGUAGUAAGAAAGUUUGUUUAUGUGAUGUUGGAAUUUUUUGAAAGAAUUAUCUCCUUUUGUUUUGUUUAUUUGGUGGAAACAAGAUGGUAAAUGUGCUGGGAUUUUUUUGAAGGAUUUCUCUCUCCUGAUGGAACCAAAUGAUGAAUAUCACCUUGAAUUUGAUGCUUA